CGGUGUUGAUUUUCUGCUUUCAGUGGUGGCGAGACCACCGGGUAGCUUGAGGGUCGGAGAAGGUGACGAGAGGCGGGAAAAAAAGAGUGGUGUAUUCGGUUGAGGAAGAAUGGACGAGAGUCGUCAUCAUCAUCAUCAGCAGCAGCAGCAGCAGCAGCAGCAGCAGCAGCCGCUGCUUCGUUCGAUCAACAACGUGCACAGAUCCUUCGUUAAGUUCAUCAACAAGACCCUGCACAACGUCGUCCUCUACUGGAUCGAUUAUCAAGGCCAGGCAGUCAGCUACGGUGUGCUGUCGCCUGGCGACUGCCUCGAUAUCAACACGUUCGUCACGCAUCCGUGGAUCUUCGUUGACCAAGAGACCAGAGACAGAUCGGGCGCAGAGGAAGGACAGGCUGGCUGGACGAGCUUGGGGGUUUUCAGGUACACGGUGAACCAGAGGGACGUGUUCUUCCCGGAGCCGUGGUUCGCCAGGUACCAGGGCCUCCGACAAAGCGAGCUGCCCCAGAGGCGCGAACGGACCAACGUCUACAUCACACUGCCGGUUUACACGCUGCGCGAGCUGUCACUCAGGGCCAUCAAGCGGCGAUUGACGCACGCUCGCCAGGCGUUUCAGCUCGACAUACCGAGGAGCCUUCAGUACGAGCUCGCGACCAUGCUGCCGAGGAACGAGGAAGAGGAGGACGAGGAGGACGAGGACGCCGCAGCCAGCUCAUAGCGAUCGAUCCGCUCCUCUGAUCCAUGGAUCAGAAAUCGUCGUCGUCGUCGUCGUCGUCGUCGUCGCCGCGACUUCGCCAUCUCGCUUCGAUCACCGAUCGAUAACGAUUCUCUGCCAGCGCUGGCGGGUUGCUGUUGGCACGCUGGUUUCCCGGUGGAAAGCGCCUUCCGGUCUAUUGGCUUUCGAGAGGAAACUUAGCUUGGAUUUUCGGCUGUAGCCUCGGGAAAUUGGUCUUCGAGUCGUGGGUGUAUACUUUGCUUUUUUCCAGCGGAUUUUUCAUCAACGCGGAGUCUGUAACCUCCGCUCUGCGGUUGGCAUCCGUCGCUUUGGGAUCGUUUGGAAUUUCAUUGGCACUGGAUUUAUGGGAAAUUGACAGCUGCGAAAUGUAAAAACAGGCGUGACAGGUGAAACGAAUUUUUUUUCCUUGCGAAAAAAUGUUCAGGAAAAUUUUAAAAUGCAUAAAACCCGCGCCUCGGCGAACAGGAUCCAGUUAUUUUAAUUUUCAAGUGUUGCUGUAGAUAUCGUUGAAUAAGUAAUCGUUGACUUCGAGACUAUCAUUAAGAAAAGAAGAAAAAAAAAAAAAAAAUGUACAGGACUUACUGCAAAUGUCAAUUGUUAUAUUAAUAUUUAAAUGAUCGAUACUGUAAUUAGCAAUGUUUUUUUUUUAGUUAUAAUUAAAUAAUAUCAUAUUUCCUACUUCACACGUCAAUAUUAUGUUUUUAAAAUUCGUUCGUUCGAAAGAAAAUUGCAUUUGCCUUUUAAACUCGUAAUUACUAUGAUUGUGUCAAUGAGAUUUCAAGAGGUUUCCUACGACAAUCUGUUCGAAUACUCCAGCAGGACGCGAUCGAGAUUAGGACACGCGUUCGAAAACUUCAAAUUGUUCAUUCUAUAUAGCGUUUUAUGGAAACACGUACAGAUCUGUUGAAUUGAGAUUUCAACACUUCAUUUUUAAUCUAUUUAUGUACGUUCGUCCAACCUUCAAAACACGAACGAACAGUUACGUUCUAGUUAUAUUCUUUACUAAAGUCUCGUUACUUGAAUUACAUUCGUGAAUUUACGUAAAAAAUCGUUCUCACGUGGGAAAGAAAAUUGUAUCGACGUGUACAACAAUUAUCAAUUAAAUUGUUUGAAUUGCUCGAAUCUUAACGUCGCACUGAUCGCAGAGAUGUGUUCUAAAUACUUAUUGCGCGGCGGUGUAGUUCCGGUCAGACGAUCGAAUUGUUGAAUAAUUCAAGAGAGCAGCAAGAAGCGGGAGAAAAAUCCUUCAGGGCAGGGGUGGGAAAAAAAAUAUUUCCACGGGGGAGUGUCUCGGAUAUUUGAAAACAAACCGCGUCGCAAAUCCCUGGAACAAACGCGGUGGGGAGAAAUUCGGCGGAAAAAAAAAAAAAAAAAAAAAAAAGAAAACCCGCCGAUAGUCCGUGCUGAGUUACGUCGCUUUCCUCUCGAAACCGCGACGCAUGUACAUACGUGUAAUAUAUAUCUGUUUUAUCGUUCGCGCGAUUUCCUCGAGAGCCUGCCCGUUUUUCGGUAAACCAAAAAAAAGAAAUUAGUACAGAAAAAUAAAUUAAUUCAUUUAGGUUUCGAAUUAAUUAAUUAAUUUUGACACACUAACUCGGAAAUUAUCACUACUUUUUUUUUUUUUUUUUUUUUUUUCGUCUGUUCAUCGAGCAUCGACAGGCUCUCGGUGUAAUUUCUGUGUGUAAUUUCACAAAUUUAACUUCGGUAAAAAUGAAUUUCGGUAGCGAGGGACGACGUGAUUUAUCCGACGAAUUACAAUGCGGGCAAGUAAAGGGCUCUCGAGGUUAAUGGAGAGACGUUUUCAUUCGCUUUCUUUUUUUUUUUUUUUUUUCAUUCGCCGCGGUUUCACGAUUUUAAUUUUUACCAGUUUUCUGAUAAAUGUUGCAAAUAAAUUCGGUCGAAUGUCACAGCGACAGGAUCGAUGGAUCGUGGUUGAAUUUUAAUUCAACGGCGGUAAUCCAGUGUGACGAGCGUCCUUUUUUUUUUUUUUUUCCACUAAAAAUUUAGCGAAUGAUGUUACACGUUUAUUUGUCUCUGACGAAUAUUUUUUUUUUUUUUUUUUGUUGUUGUUGAAAAAUAAUCGAAAUUGACUGCGGCGAUGCAUGAAGACAAAUCGAUUCUUAUUCUAUCGGUCACGAUAACGUGACUGAGAAAGAAAAAUAUUGAAAAAUGAAGAAAUGGUAACUUGAAAAUAAGAUCUCGAUUUUUUUCUCGUCUAUGAAAAAUUGAAAAAUGGUAUAUUGUGCUGAAGAUGUGUUCAAUUCCGGGCUCGAUCGGUACAAUAGUUUCUGAGAUAUCUUGGGAAAAUGAUAAUUGAAAAAAAUACAGAGUUUUAUUUUCACUUUACAUUUGAUAAAACAUGAACUCGAUCUUUCGAGCCUGUCACGCUGAAACACUCUCUUAAGUCACGCGAGAAGGUAAACAUAAUCAUAUUUUUCGUACCCCGUAUUUUCGUAACGAAAUCUCGCAUAAUUCUCGCUGAUGUUGUUACUUUUUGAGAAAAAAAAAUUAAAAAAAAAAAGAAGUCAUUCUUCUCUUGUGAUAAGGCGUACGAAGUCUCAUUAACUCGAUGUAAGUUACCCGAUUUGUAAGUAUUUUUACUCGCGAAACACUUUUAAGGUGAUUAAACGACAUGAUGGGAGAAAAAA